AUGACUAUUUCGAUGUAAUUAAAGAUCGACAAUAUAACUUAUGGUGAGGUUAGUGCUAAAAGAUGUGGAAGAAUCACUAUGGAAGAUAGGUUUUAAGCCAUCGCAGACUUUGAUGGAAAAUAAUAGUAAUUUUAUUUUGGGGUCUUUGAUGGGCAUGGUGGGUCAUAUGUGUCCAAGUUACUUCGAGAACAACUGCACUAUCGUUUGAAAAAUAAUUAGUUUUUCAAUGUUGAUAUUGAGUAGGCCAUUUUAGAGAGUUUUAAUUAAAUGAAUAUUGACAUUCUGAAAUAGUAACAUCUGUUGAUGAAAGACGGAGGCUCCACUGCUCUUUGUGUUAUCAAUGUAGGUAAAGAGUUAUUUGUAAUCAAUGUUGGUGACAGUGCCUGCGUAUUGAUUGAUAAAGAUUUCUAAAUCACUAAAUUAAAUUAGGAACAUAAGCCUGAUAGAGUGGAUGAGUCAAAAAGAAUUAUUGACAACCACGGAUUUGUUUUGACCAUUAAAAAUUAGGCUAGAAUUAAUGGAGAAUUGGCAGUAAGCAGAUCUUUUGGUGAUCCAAAGUACGUAGAACAUGGAUUAACUGCCAUCCCUGAAAUCACUAAAUUGUAGUUGACCGAAAACUCUAAAUAUUUAAUUCUAGCCACCGAUGGUUUUUGGGAUGUCAUUACCAUCUAAACACUUCAGAAUCUUCUCAUGAAUUGGGAGAAUUUUAAAGAGAAAGAAGGUCUUUCACAAUAUCUACUAGAAUCAGCAUAAAAAUAAUAAACUAAUUAUAAAAAAGACAAUAUGACAAUCAUCGUAAUUGAUUUAAUUAUUUAUUUCAAUAAAUUGUAAUGA